AUGAAAAAUGUAGGCUACAUUUUAUUGGUAUUUAUUUCACUUGCCGCCGAUCGUGCGGGCUCCAUUGCCGUGCGAGAUAAGAGUCCAUGUGCAGCCCCUACCUCGGCGUUCCGACUGACGCCGCUGCUCUUCAUCGCUGGGCACAGAAGAACGCCUGAAGCUUGCUACACAUGUAGGUCACAACGUUUACCCAUCCAGCUUCACGGCAGCCGCCGAGCUCGGCGGCUCCGCAUACGAGCGCUAAACCCGGAGAAGGCUGAGCUACAUCCCAAGUCGCUCAGCGGCGUUGAGCCAUCGAUUAGCACAGAACGAGUCGAUGAGCUUAAGCGAAAGGGUGUCAUUGAAGGUGAAAGCCAUACGUGGCGAAAUUGGCAUGUAGUCACCCAGGGGGAAUGGCCGGACAUCGGCCAAUCGGUAAUGCCCAAGUCGGAACCGAACCCGGCGAUAACUGAGCCGUACGCUCUGCGCAAGCCGCUGGAGUACUGGGGUUUUUUGCGCGGCGUGGACACCAACAUCACCUCCUAUCCGCUGGUUUGGGAGUUCUACAACGACACUUACGGCAAGGUUGACGUGGCUCCCUAUGGCGGCAGCAACCCUCUGUACACCCCGUCGAUGUUCCAGCCGACGUGGUUUAUGGAGGAGGACCGCGGUGGCUUGGGCUACAAUGACAGCAGGAUCUUCGGCGGCUGGAUCGGCCUGGACCUCGACUCACCUACGAAGGUGAAAACCGCUAGCGAGCUCAUCUCCAUCCCCGACACCGGCCGGCUGUAUCAAAAGUUUUACCUCGGGCCGUAUCCAAUCACGAUGGGUUGGACUGUAGGCUCACUUCUAAAGGUUUUGAGCCUGUCUCGUAGCCCUGGACACGGCGUUGUUGCCGUGAAAAUCCACAACAUGCGGGAGGACACCACUAUCCCUGGCGUAGUGGACGACCUGCUGAACAUCGCACUAAAUUUAAAUGGGGUGGCUUUGGAGACGCUAAAACCGGGGGAGGAGGCGCGUGUGCGCAUGCUGAUCCGUGGUCCUGCCAUGGUGUGCGCCGGCAGUCUCGAAUGGCCGUCGUUUGUGCGUGUCGCAUCGCCCGACACGUACAUUGCAAAGAUAGAAGAGGGAGGCGAACUUGACAUAGAGCUGAAGAUUGAAUGGGGGAGGGGGGUCUGGCUUGCUGACGAUAAAGGUCUGUACCGUCAGGAAGAGGGUGCAGACGGAGUCUGCAUGAAGCGUCGUUGGAUAAAGGAGGUCCAAGAGGAAGGAUUCUACCCUAUGACCACGUUCUUCGGCGGGUGCCGCAUGGUCCGAUUGGCGGUGCACAAAUUGCUCGGCCAACGCUGGGACAUCAUCUCCAACUCGUGCCCCGACCCACGCGAGCAACUUGUUGUCGAGGUGUGGACGGACCGUUCUACCACGCCCAAGGCAGUGCUGGAGUUCGGCUUGCUGGAGAGCCUUGCAUGGCUGCGUGAGCUCAAGAGACAGCUGUCGCAGGAUGUGGAUUUCGACGGGGAGGACGAGCAGCUGCGUGACACGUGGGAGAAGAUCGACAAGUAUCAGGCCCUUCAGCACCGGCAGGACUUGAUGGGCGGCCCUCCAGUCUACAAUUUGCAUGAGUUGAACCUGUACCCUCCGGUGAAGGAAUCCGACUGCGAGUACAUUGGUACCCCCGACGACGUGAAGGAGAUACCGCAGGCGCCGUACUCACUACCGAAGAUCCCGCCUGCUCGACCGCAGAAAGAUGCGCUUGAGUGGCUAGCAGACGAGCUGCAGGUGGAGGAAUAUACUGAUCCUUCUCCCAUCAACGCACGGAACUUCGAGAAAUUCACUACCCAACCCGAGGAUCCCGCUGCUGCCGUUGACGUAUCCGUGCUGCCAGUCCCCCCCGAAGUGAUUGCAUCGCUACGUAUGUGCGGAUUUAACAAGGUAGGGGACAUGGUUUCGCUGUCGUCUUCGGAGCUGGAGCGUUACCCCGGCGUCUCUCCCGAGGAUGCCGAGAGCAUUGUGAAGUUCAUCAGGACGAACCUUAAACUCCAGGCUCCGUGA